AUGUUUUGGCGGUUUGGAGGCUACUCCAAUAUAUCUUCUAUCGAUACCCUUCUUGAUAAGCCCAAUGUCAAGCUUGAAGACUUGCUGGAAGAGUCCGAUCUCAUUCAGGAGCUGAAGUCACACCAUACAAAAUUGAUAGAAUACCUGCGCGACGAAACGAACCUCCAUGCUCUCCUGAACUACGUUGUGGCGCCGGGGCCCAAGGUUGACUCCAACGAGAAUGAAGAGGAUGAAAAGGGCAAAGGCCUUGCGACGGAUAAUGAGGAUGAGCCGGAGCCUCUGGAAGAAGAGCAGGAGAAAGCCGAGAAGAAGCGGUUGAAAUUUGCCUUUGUCGCCUGUGAGAUCUUGUCUUGCGAGACCUGGUCAAUCACAGAGUCCCUGAUGGCCAACACCCCUUAUCUCACCGAGUUCUGGGACUUUUUACGACGGCCGGCGCCACUAGACCCUCUCCAGGCAGGCUAUUUCACAAAGGUCAACGAGACUCUACUAGAGAAGAAGACUGAGGAAAUGCUGGAAUUUUUCAAAUCGCUUCCGGGAAUCGUUCCUGCCAUUCUCCAGCAUGUUGAUUGCCCCAUGGUGAUGGACCUGUUGUUGAAAAUCAUCAGUCUGGACAGGUCAGAUGGCGGCAUGGGCAUCGUUGACUGGCUUCAUGGGCAAGACUUGAUCCCCAUGCUCCUUUCUAACCUAUCGCCCGAAUGCAACUCCUCGACUCAGACUUCUGCUGGGGAUUUUUUGAAAGCCAUCAUAACUAUAUCUGCGAACGCGGCUCAAAAUGAGCAAUCUUGUAUUGGGCCGAACGGCCUGACGCGCCAACUGGUCUCGGAAAAGUGUAUACGACAGCUUGUAUCAUACAUGCUCAAAGGUGGGAACCCGCUUACAGUGGGCGUGGGAAUUGUGAUCGAAGUUAUCCGGAAGAACAACUCCGAUUACGAUCCUGAUCAAGGCCACAGCGCUGACGCUCCCCCGACCAACCACGAUCCGAUCUAUCUCGGCACCCUUCUGAGAUUGUUUGCGCACCAUGUUCCAGAUUUCAUGAGCCUCAUACUCAGCUCCAAGCAUACGGUUACCAAAGGCGAGGAGACAACCGUGGCAGAGAGAGGUCAACUCAAAUCGGCGUGGGGAACACAGAUUGAACCCCUGGGCUUUGACCGAUUCAAAACCUGCGAGUUGAUGGCCGAAUUACUCCACUGCAGCAACAUGGGUCUUCUGAAUGAGAGAGGCAGUGAAGAAUUCAUCAAGGCCAGAGACGCCGAAAGAGAGAGAUUAAGAGAGCUUGGGGCUUUUGUGUCGAACAAGCAAUCGGAGGAUUCCACCGUCGACAUCUCGGCGAGUUCGUCGAGGUUCGAAAAUGCGUUCACACCCUCGGGGUCCACCUCGACAGAAGAACUACGCAUCGCGAAUCUGAACGACGAGGAUGGUUUCGAGAAGGUUGCUGUUUCCGACGCAACAGAUCUCUCUUUAGGCUCGAAACAAGAUUCGGCUGAACAGCCGAUAUCGCCUCUCCAAUCUCACAAUCAACCGACGACGCCCACCAGCGCGCUGGAUGAAACUGUCCGCCGUCUAAGUCUAGAAGACACCGACAUGACCGCCCCCGACGAGCACGAACCAAAUAUUCAGACAUCGGCUCGCGAGUCUCAGUUUGAAGACAUCUCACCGCAUCCAGAAGACAAACCUGAACCACUGUUCGCAAAAUCGUCAGAUCCCAACAAGACACCCACAGCAAAUAGCCCAGAGCCCCCUACAAGCCCGUCGACCGCAAAAGCCCGACUUGAUGAAACGGGUUACGGAGGCCAGCCAGAAGGAGAAUCGUUCCAAUCGGCCCAAGAUGACACAAUGGAGGUUGUCAAGCCCGACCAACUCGGUGCUGAUGAAGCGCCAGUGGUGGGAGAUUACUUAAAGAUCAUGUUUGUGGAGAAUAGGGUCGUUCCAACGAUCUUGAGUUUCUUCUUCCGCUUUCCUUGGAACAACUUUCUCCACAACGUUGUUUAUGAUGUUGUGCAGCAAGUUUUUAACGGGCCCAUGGACAGGGGCCACAACCGAUUUUUAGCAUUUGAUCUUUUCGAAACUGGACGCAUUACUGACGCGAUAAUUGAAGGCCAGAGACGAAGCGAUGAGGAACAACGAACGAGGAAUAUGCGCCUGGGAUACAUGGGACACCUAACCCUAGUAGCAGAAGAAGUCGUUAAAUUCGGCGAACGUCACCCCAGAGAAUUGCUGUCGCCUAUGGUUCAGGACUACAUUUAUUCCCAAGCCUGGGAGGAAUACGUUACCAAGACACUUGCCGAGACCAGGGAACGCGACAAUGCUAUCUUGGGAGGGUUCCGACCUGAUAACGGUCUCGGUCCCAGACAAGCUGUUCUGAAUGCUGUCAAUGCAGGUCAGGGCUUUGGUGUUUCGAGCGGAUUGGCUGGCGUUGGGUUGGGCGGCGGCCAACAUGCUCUGGACAGCAUCGAUUUGUCCAACAACGGCAGCGCCACUAGUGCCGGAUACAAUUCAAGUGGGUCGGUUUCCAGUGGUUUUGGAAGCUCCUCAGACGAUGAUGACGAAGAUAUGGAUGAUGUGGAAGAUGAAGAGCAUUCAAGGGCAGUGACUCAACUUUCUGCUGCUGAUAGCGGUCUUUCGGCGGAGAACUCUGAUCAGCCAAUACCUUUACUUCCACCUCCACCAGCACCACUCAACAUCGAGCCAUCACGUGCUCGCAGACGGUUGGCUGAUCGGUUAGCGAGACAUAAACAAGAGGCUGAGCAAGAAUUGGCUGCGUCCGAGUUCGGUUCCGAAGCUGACGACCCAUUCGCUGCGCUUGGGAAUGGCGACGACAACGAUGCAGGCGAUCCGUUUUCGUUGGACGAAGAAGAACAAGAUAUUACGUCGUUUGGGAAGCGAAGCAAUAUCAACUCUCUUAACCCAAGCACAGGAGAUCACCACAGCUUUUCAGUUAGCAGAGGACUGACCAGUUUGUUUUCUUCAACCCCGAGUCGAGAUAUGCAAGGACGAACCUCGCAUGAUGAUUUUGAUGGGUCGCUAGAUGAUUCGUCAUCUGAAGGAUCUGGUUCUGACAUUGACUCGGAAAACCCACCCCUGGAAGCAAGGACGAGCCUCGAGCGGCGCCCACUGGAAGUUUUUGAGGACGAAGAAAUGGGAGAAAUGGUGGCUCCAACGGAAGAAGUCAACAGCAAUAGUUCUGACGAGGAAGUGCUGAGUCCGUUGGAGAAAGAGAAGUUGGAAAAUGCGUAUGGAAUGAACGAUGAUCCCGACGAGCAGGACUCGGAGUUCGCGGGACAAGCGGACCAUGAUGACGAUGAUGAGGAUCAUUUGGUUGAGAUUGCGAUCCCUGCAAGCUCGAAGAGGAGAUCGAGAGGUUGA